GCGCAGCUCCGUGAGAAGCUCCUUGCAGGCGGCGUCGUGAGGAUACCGAAGAUUUUGCCCGACAGUGUCGCGCUGCUGGCUCUGAAGACGCUGCAGGAGAUGCCCCGAGAGUCCUGGAAUCUCACCCAGGCCAACCGCGACGCAUCGAGGAACAACGUGGCACACCGCUUCUCCUCCCGACGCUUCGGCUCGGAGACCCUCACCCACCUCUUCCGCGUCCUGGGUGAACUUCUCCCAGGUGAGCUGAACUCCUUCUCUGCAGGUCGGUAUCUCCACGGAGAUCACAUCGAGAGGCACGACGACCGUCAGUACACCGAUGUGCGCAUGGAGGAUGGAUCCACGGUGCUUUGCUCCCGGACGGUCGCGGUGAUCUGGUACCUUACGCCCGACUGGCGCAAGGAGUGGGGUGGGGCCUUCCACGACUUGGAGACCGGAGAAGAGGCACUUCCGAUGGCAUCCAGCGGUCACCCGAGCAUAUCGCCCAAAAGCCUCACCCGGGUUCAGCAAAUUGUGAGUGGCAGCGCUCCGGUUUAUCAGAUGUCAGGUAGCCGCCCCGUCCUUGGAUCCAGCUUCGGGUCUUUGCUUCCUGGCCUGUGGAAGCUAAAGAGACGAAAAGAGGUGCAUGACACCGAGUUUGCCUCCACCAGCUAUGUGAACUACAGCUCCAUGGCGGUGUACAUCCUCUUCACGGCUUCCCGGCUGCGCAUCGGCGCACUAAAUCAUGACGAUGCCGUUCAUGUGGCCCAGUGGCAAGGCUGUGCUGCUUGCAGGAGUGGUGUCCCAGAGCAUCUGAACCUGCUGGGCGUCUACUUGGGUGUGAUUGCCUCGACUGUGGUUGGCAUCGCCAUGGCCCAGAGCACUCAGCUGGCCCUACCCGUGCCGGAAAGGUUUCUUGAGGACACCACCAUGGUGAAGAUAACCCACGCCAUGGGUGUCGGUGACUUCUCCGCUGUGAGGUCUAUAUUCCUGCUUGGUGUGUUUGGUGGGCUCGCCUGCGGUGUCGUGGGCGCAAGUUUAAUGACACUGCUGGCGUAUUGGCCCGCGGCCAUCGAAGUGCUUCUUGCCCCAGGUUCAGCGCAGGCACAGCUGGAGAAUCCGGGCUGCGACCUCCUCCCUUCUGCGACCGAGGUCGGGAAUGUGAAUGCUGAUGCGGCGGCCAGUGCCGGGCAGACCUCAUGCCUCAUACAGCAGCGUGCAGAUACCGGCAAAGCCGUGAUUGAGCCGAAGGAGUCGCCUUUCUCUCCUGCACAGUGGCAAUGCAUUUCGCAAUACGGUGCAAGCGUGGAUGCCGAUCUUCCUGGUUUCGCCCGGCGUCUCGAGCAAAGACGCUUUGGAGGCACCGGCAAGGCCAGCACGGAUGGCUCGGUCAUCUUGGGCGCUGGCUUUGGCACCACAGCGACGCGAUCUCUGGCAGCUUUUGCUCGCCAGCUGGGACUCGCUGUGCACCACUGCAAGCAGGGGAAAAGAGAAGACAUACCGGAGUUCUGGAUGCGGCUGAUGAACAUCACGAGCAUGCAGCACCCGAACGGCCUGGAUGGCUGCCUUUCCGCCGUAGAUGCCAUGAACUUUUCCGAGGCCUUUGACCAGGGCGACGACCUGCUUUUGGACACCCCGAUGGCGGAGCAUUUCCUUGACUUCUACGCCGUGUCACCACAGUCUAAGGUCAUCCUUACCAACCGCAAUGCGGUGGAUUGGGUGAAAGCCCGGCUUUUGUGGGAUGAGACCAUGGCCGCCCCACUCCACAGCCCCUGUGGCAUGAAGCUCCAACCCAUGAGUCCGGAGACGGCGGUCCGCCUCUACGAGGCACACAAUCGACUCGUCCGCUGCAUCGUCCCAGCAGAGAAGCUCACGGAGAUCAACGUUUUCGAUGGUUCAACGCUUGAUGUUCCGGCAUUGUCAGAUUUCCUCGGCAAGGGGCGACCAGAGUUUCCGCCGCUCUUCCCGCGAGUGAGCGAUCAGCGCUGGGGUGACGAGGCCAAGAAGGACUUCGCCAUUUGUAUCACAGGGCAAAUACGCCGGCUGGAGCUCAAGACGAAGGUGGAACGUCUCAUUCGGCCUCUCAUGGAAAGCAACUUCCGGGUCGUUGUAGCUCUCGUCUUGGACCCACGAGAGCGCUUUGACGACUUCGUCGUGGUGGACGGCAAUUUCUCAAGCCUGCAGCAGGCAGCCGAGAUGUUCCCAAGCGGCAUCACGCUGCUCGGCGAUGCGUUCAUCCCACAUGACUAUCCCGUGGACGCGCGGUAUGUGGAGGACUUGUACAGUCAGUUACCUGAAAUGGGCUUUGAGCAUGCCGGACACAGGGCGCAGUCGCACAUGCGGCAGUGGGAGGCCCUAGAGCGCUGCGGCCAGCUCCUGAUCAGCCCGGUGAGUCACGCAAACUACACGCUGAGGCUGAGGGACGACAGUGCUAUCUUGGAGCCAUUCGUGCCACGCCUCGACCUGCUAGACGAAUCAGGGCUUUAUGCCCCGGCGUGUGGCAGCUUUGGUGGUGUCAACGACAAGUUUGCCCUGAUGGUGGGACGAGGAACAGCCGAGCAUUACUUUGCCCUUUCUCUGGACAUGGUGCGUCAUCGGUUUGAUGAGAUUCACCAGCUCAUGGUGUCCAGUGUACCGCGACGCUGCAACCCGGAGCAUGCACUUAAAAUUAUGUUGGAUCUCAACCAGACGAAGAUCAAGACUCUGGAGCCUGAGGACGUACCCGUCGUGCCUUCGAAGAACCUUCGCCGUGACGGAAAGACAUAUCAGUGCAUCUACACCUUGAAUGACGACUACAACGAGUGCAUUCCGGAACGGAGCCGUGUACGCAUCACGGAUAUUGAAGGAGGAUUCAGCGUCCGCCAGACAGGCUCGCAGCGUGCGCGGCCAGACUUCCUUUGCGAUGGCACGGAGCUAGGCUUCUAG